CUCCCCUCCGACGUCGUCCUCGCUCGGUCCACCAUGAAGGCGUUAACACCGGUGCUUUUGUGCUGGUGCGCAGCAGUAUGCGUAGCUCAGGACAUCCCGAGCCGGCUGGUCUGUUACUACACCAGCUGGGCGCGGUAUCGAAGUUCCAUCGCCAAGUUCACACCAGAAAACAUCAACCCGCACCUCUGCACCCAUCUGCACUACGCAGUCGUCAACGCCAAUGAUAAACAGGAGUUGGGCCCGGCCGAUAAGUUCUCCGAUAUUGAUCAGCAGGGAUAUGAGCACAUGGUGGCCCUCAAGGCAGCUAAUCCGGCUCUGAAGGUACUGAUGAUGCUAGGAGGAUCUGGACAGGUAAAGCAAGAAGUCUUUUUGGAGCUGGCUAGCGAUGAAGCCAAGAUCGAGCGCUUUGUAAGGGAAACUAUAAAAUACAUCAGAAGGCAUAGAUUUGACGGCAUUGACAUUGACUGGAAGGUGGAAGGGAAAAAGGAAGAACACGCUAGGCUCAUGGAAGCUCUAGCUGCUGGUUUCAUGGAGGAAGCCGAAGAAUCACGCAUGAACAGGUUACUUCUGACCACCACAAUUCCGGCCAACAUUACCAAAAUACGAAAUGGGUUUGACCGUGAUCAGUGGGUGGCCUACGACGACGAAGUCAUGAUGCGAAGAAAGGGCGUCUACAUACGUGAGCAGGGCUUGGGCGGAGCGGCAGUGUGGGCACUCGCCCAGGAUGACUUCCGUGGAGUGUGCACCGGUCGGCCCUAUCCUCUGAUUGAAGCCUUGAAAGAGGGUCUGUUUGCCAAUGAUAUGGCGCCGCCUACCACGCCCAGCCCGCCCCCAACGCCCGUUUACGACAACACCUCGAUGAUGUUCGACAAGGAAGUCACUGACGCGGAAGAGCUGCGGCAGCUGCUGGCGCUGGUCCAGAAGCUGGGCGGCGUAAGAAGCGUGCAGAGGCUUCUGGCAGCGAUGGACGGUCCGAAGCGCGGUGCUGUGCAGCCUGCCGCUCAGACAACUGUCACGGAGGUCGGCGGUGACCUGCGCGUCAAGGUGCACGUGAUCGUAGAA